UACCAAAGUAGCAGACGGACGAAGUAAAGAGCGAAAAAAUCGAUUGAUUUUUAUCCUUAAUCCCGGAGCGAAGAACGGUUAGCAGUGAAUCCUUUCUGGCCAACUACUCAAGGUAUUGUGUUAUGAUUCCAGUUGGAGGGUGAAAAAUUGCACAAAGAUCACGUAAUCGGGCCCAGGACCGGAUUGAAAAGUCGUCAAAAGCGCUAUUCUGUCCGAUUUGUGUCGGGCUUAGCAGCAAUUCGCAAGUGUGGAAGUGAAAUUUUUUAGGGCGUCAAAAGAAGUGAUUAUCAUCAUCAUACGUCGUCGUGGAGUUGUCGUUUUGCCUCUUUUCACCGCGUACAUUGAUUCAUUCAUUCAUAUUGUCAUCUCCGGAGGCCACCACGGACAGCACGGGAAAAAGUUGUAGAACAUUGCUAAGAGAAGUGCCCGUCUUUUUCCUUCUCCGUGCUCUGCACUGUGGAUAUUCCCACUAGCAGCAAGGCAGUAGAUUACGGAGGCGCUGCUGCAGCUGGUAUGAUUAGCUGAACUAAAGUAGGCAAAAGUGAAUACAACAUCGAUCGGAAGUGCGUCUGUGAGUUGAUUAGUUGCCUAUUACUACAGGAAGCAUUCGAGCCGAUAAAAAAAAAUUGCGGAAACAAGGAGAUAAACAAUAGUAAUCGACCGGAGGACCGUGUUAUUCUAGCAUGGCACCUGUUCGGGGAGAUGGAAUGCGCGGCUUGGCCGUGUUCAUAUCCGACAUACGUAAUUGUAAAAGCAAAGAAGCUGAAAUCAAGCGAAUCAACAAGGAGCUCGCCAACAUUCGGAGCAAGUUCAAAGGUGAUAAAACGUUGGACGGUUAUCAGAAGAAGAAGUACGUGUGCAAGUUGCUGUUCAUCUUCCUGCUUGGUCAUGAUAUCGACUUCGGUCAGAUGGAGGCUGUAAAUUUACUGUCCUCGAACAAGUACUCCGAGAAGCAAAUUGGCUAUCUGUUCAUUUCGGUGUUAGUCAACACCAACAGUGACCUGAUCAAGCUCAUUAUCCAGAGCAUCAAGAACGACUUGCAAUCACGUAAUCCUAUCCAUGUGAAUCUGGCACUGCAGUGCAUUGCCAACAUUGGCAGCCGGGACAUGGCCGAAGCAUUCUCAACCGAAAUACCCAAGCUGCUCGUUUCGGGCGACACGAUGGAUGUGGUAAAGCAAUCGGCUGCUUUGUGUCUAUUGCGUUUAUAUCGUACUUGUCCGGAUAUCAUCCCUGGAGGCGAAUGGACCAGCAGGAUCAUUCAUCUUUUAAACGAUCAGCACAUGGGCGUAGUGACGGCGGCUACCAGCUUGAUUGAUGCGCUGGUCAAGAAAAAUCCCGAUGAAUAUAAAGGAUGCGUCAGUUUGGCCGUCUCGAGAUUGUCUCGCAUCGUAACCGCUUCCUAUACGGAUUUGCAAGACUAUACGUACUAUUUCGUACCGGCACCGUGGCUAUCUGUUAAAUUGUUGCGAUUAUUGCAAAACUACAAUCCACCCACUGAAGAUCCUGGCGUACGGGGACGACUUAACGAGUGUUUGGAGACGAUUCUGAACAAAGCCCAAGAACCACCGAAGAGCAAAAAAGUUCAACAUUCCAAUGCCAAGAAUGCGGUUCUCUUUGAAGCAAUCAACUUGAUUAUUCACAACGAUAGUGAAGCAAAUUUGUUGGUUCGAGCUUGCAAUCAACUAGGACAGUUCCUCAGCAAUCGUGAGACAAAUUUACGUUACUUAGCUCUGGAAUCGAUGUGCCAUUUGGCCACUUCUGAAUUUUCCCACGAAGCCGUUAAGAAACACCAGGAAGUGGUUAUUCUUUCAAUGAAAAUGGAGAAGGAUGUCUCGGUGCGUCAGCAAGCAGUAGAUCUUCUAUACGCCAUGUGCGAUCGUACCAAUGCUGAAGAAAUUGUACAGGAAAUGUUGAACUAUCUUGAAACGGCCGAUUAUUCGAUUCGUGAAGAAAUGGUUUUGAAGGUAGCCAUCUUGGCAGAAAAAUAUGCUACGGAUUUCACUUGGUACGUGGAUGUUAUUCUGAAUCUGAUUCGAAUCGCCGGUGAUUACGUUUCCGAAGAAGUCUGGUACCGAGUGAUUCAGAUAGUUAUCAAUCGAGAGGAAGUUCAAGGCUAUGCGGCGAAAACUGUCUUCGAGGCUUUGCAAGCACCAGCCUGUCACGAAAAUAUGGUCAAAGUCGGUGGUUACAUUCUCGGAGAAUUCGGAAACUUGAUAGCUGGUGAUUCACGUUCUGCCCCAAUGGUACAAUUCAAAUUGUUACACUCGAAAUAUCAUCUCUGCUCAUCUAUGACCCGCGCUCUAUUGCUGUCGACGUAUAUAAAAUUCAUCAAUCUAUUCCCUGAGAUUCGUUCCACUAUUCAGGAUGUAUUCCGGCAGCACAGUAAUCUGCGUUCGGCCGAUGCCGAGCUACAGCAACGAGCGAGUGAAUAUCUUCAGCUGAGCAUUGUCGCAUCGACAGACGUAUUGGCUACGGUUCUCGAGGAAAUGCCAUCCUUUCCGGAGCGAGAAAGUUCUAUUUUAGCAGUGCUGAAGAAAAAGAAACCUGGUCGGGUCCCGGAGAAUGCCGAAAUACGUGACAAGAGUCCAGUACCGAAUUCCCACAAUGCUCACGCUGCUCAAACAAAUCACAUUGCAGGUGUAAACUCCAAUGCAAGCUCCGAUCUACUCGGAUUAAGCACACCGCCGGCAACGCAGUCUCAAACUGGAACACUGAUUGACGUCCUUGGAGAUAUUUACAGCACCACGAACGGUACUGGCAAUGUGAUUAACAACGCCAAAAAAUUUGUCUUCAAAAACAAUGGUGUUUUGUUCGAAAACGAUCUCCUACAGAUCGGUGUCAAGAGCGAAUUCCGCCAAAAUCUCGGACGCCUUGGUCUGUACUAUGGCAACAAAACUCAAACGGCGUUGCAAAACUUUGUUCCGACUUUGCAAUGGUCGCCGGAAGACGCUCUGAAACUGAACGUUCAGAUCAAAGCCGUGGAACCAACGUUGGAAGCCGGAGCACAAAUCCAACAGCUUCUGACGGCCGAAUGUGUCGACAACUACAGCGAAGCACCGUCCAUUGUAAUUAGUUUCCGGGUGAACGGUGGAGCGACACAAAAAAUCAUUGUUCUGCUACCGUUGACCGUUAAUAAGUUCUUCGAGCCAACCGAAAUGAACGCCGAGUCUUUCUUUGCACGGUGGAAAAACCUCGGAGGUGAGCAACAACGAGCGCAACGCGUCUUCAAGGCACAGCAACCUCUAGAUCUGCCCGGUGCUCGGAAUAAGUUGAUCGGAUUUGGCAUGCAGCUGCUGGAAGGAGUCGACCCAAAUCCGGAUAACAUGGUUUGCGCGGGAAUCAUUCAUACUCAAGCUCACAAGGUGGGCUGUCUGCUUCGUCUUGAACCAAACAAGCAAGCACAGAUGUUCCGCCUGACAAUUCGCUCCAGUUUAGAGAAUGUCACGCAGGAAAUGUGUAAUCUACUGGUAGACCAAUUUUAAGCGUGGAACGGCAGGCUAGUUUUUUUUCCUUUCGUUAUAAAUGAUGCUGGUGUGUAGUAAUGUUGAUUAAUAUUAGUAGGAAACUGUAGUGUUUUCGUUCUUCGCCUAUAGAAGAAGUCAUGCAAACAUACAACACAUACUGCGGCAAAAGUAAUGCAUAUAAUAACAGUAAUAUUGAUAUGGAAAUAUUGUAUCACCAGAGAUGAAACAAGAUUUUGCGAACGAUUGCGGAGUGGAAUAAUAACUAUAGCAGCAUUUGAAUUGUGGGGCGAGUAUGUGUGCAAAUUAAAGCAGAAGAUCAUUAAUAAGCAACAUAUGGUGAUGUUGGUAUGUUGAAUCGUAGAAUAAAAGCUGUUGUAAUGUUGCUAGCAGAUCGCAAAACUGUUCAAGGCAGUGAAGGAUAAGUGAGGAAGCGAGGAAAGGCGGCUCCAGACUGUCGCGAGAGGAAAUCGAAAGCAAACCAUUUUGCUGUGAAUGUGUGACACGAUUUAUCAUGUUCUUCUCUCACUCUGGUCUUCUGCUUCCCACAAUGUAUCAAAGAUUAGGCUGAGGACAAAACAAAAAUUAAAUCCUAAAUGUAACGAUUAUGAUUCCGGAUAUGUAUUUGUUGAAAUUGAUUAGAGCAAAAGUAUUUUGGACUUCUAACGACAAGUAGUUGAUUUAGUUUUACACUAACUAAAAAUUGCAACUUAUAAAUCUCAUUUAUUGCUUAGACAUAUUACGAAACGCAGACAUUAGGGGAUAAAGAACACAAUUUGAGGACAAUUAGACUAAUAGUAGUUACGAGUAGGUAUUGUGAAAUUGAGACAAGGAUCAAGAUAUUUGCAGAAUGUUGAAACACGUAAAUAGAUUUCAUCGUGAAUCAAGGCUGACAUUGCAGUAAAUAAAUAAAAUCAUCAUCACACACGCACGUUAUCCAUGUCUUGUUUACGCGUUUCUUAUUGUUCUGAAUUUUAAUACCAGCAUUGCACAAAGCAUUAUCAUCAUCGGUGCAAUAAAAUAAGUUUUUUAACUGUGCGAGGCAGACUGCAUUCAGGACUAAAAUCGCAUAGGUCUUUUAUUCCACCCUUUGUAGCCAUUUUAUUGACCAAUUCGUACCUAAGCCGUUGUACUGCUUGUCAUUUAAAUGGCAUCCGCUUGCGUUUUUCGGUGUUCUAUUCCUUCUUUUUAUAACUCAUAUAUGCAUAUAUCGUUAUUAAUAUAUUACGUUAUACUGUUUGUAUAUCAUGGAAAGUUGUCCCAUAUACAUAUUGUGCGGAAAAAUGAACAAGAUAAACAAAAAGUAAAGGAACCAGGAACAUAAGCUGAGAAACUAAUGUGUAGUGUAUGUAAACUAUUGGCUGACGUAGUUCUUUUUUCUUUACUUUCGCUGAACUGAGCUAGAACAAAACAUCAUUGACUGUCACCCGAUAUUCGUACGGAGGAAUGAAAGUUACAAAAUAAUUAAAAAAAAAAUACAAAACACGCUAGAUAACGAUUUGUCCCCCAGUCCUUCCUCGAUAUGAUGUAAUAGCAUCUGGCAAAAUUCACUUUUCAUCCAUUAUUCUCUAAUGUUUAAUUAUUAACAAAAAUACAGAAUACGAAGGACAAAACAGAAAUACUAUACUACUCGCCCUCACUGCGCGAGGGCAAAAAAAAAAACGGAAGUAGAUCGUUUAUGGAUCGGAACAACACACAAGAAUAUUAGCAGCGCGAAUGGAAAAUAAAUACACUAAAACUAUAUUUAAAACCAUAAUAAGAUAAAACAAGAGGAAAAAUAUACAAAGGUUAUUGAAGAUUA